AUGGUCCUUUUUUGUAUCUCUCUCCUUACCACCAUGGUGCUAACACUCAUGUCAAUGAUCAGUUGUGUUUUGGGAGCUCAAAUCUCCCAGAUAGCCUUUAAUGAUUUAUCCCUUGAAGCACUGAGUAACCAAAAACUUCCGCACAAAAUCUGGAAACUUACCUUUGAUUUUGAACUGAGCAAUCCCGCUACCAUUUCACAAGAGGACUAUUUCUUGCUUAAUCUGCCUCACGUAUACCGCAUCAAAUUUUCAGAUGGUACUGACUACCAAUAUAUUUCAACCAAUGAUGGCAAUCGACUUUUCAGAUGUUACGCUACCCAACAAGCUGCCUACAAAUUCGAAAGCUCAGCCCUUAGAUGCGAUGCCAUGAAGAGUCUGUCUUCUUUUUCAUCUUUGACAGGAACUCUUGCGAUAGGUAUUGUUUUCAGCAACGGUGGCUCAGCCUAUCAGUACGAACUGAAGAAUGCCAACUAUUUUGAUUCGGGCCUGAAAACUAUUGAUUUCGGAGAUGGGAUGAGUGCGUCUACGAGAUUUGACCCUGCUUCUGAUUUUGAAGAAUAUUACUACGAAGGUCACACAACCACCUAUGGAACGAUGGAAUCCUACUACUUAGGCUUUACAUGUCCUAAUGGUUAUAUUUUGGGUGGAAGUCAGGUAAUCGAUUACCAUCCCGAUGGCAAGGGGACCGGCUAUGAGUGUGCGACUGCCCAAGUUCAACUUUCCAAGAAUUACAAUGAGUGGUAUUUUCCCACUGAUUACGAGGAUUUUGAAGGCGACUAUACUUGUAAUGGGGCUACGCUAUCACUUUCUUUCGAGAAGCUUAAACCUGAUUAUCGUGUCUGGGUCAAUAAUUUACAAAAGCUCGAUGCAGCUGCCUCCUCUGUGGCUCACAGUAUUUCAUUUGAUUACACAUGUACCAAUACCGAAGAUGGUAAGUCUUAUACUACGACAGUGAGUCAGUCCCCGGUAUUUAUCAUAAAAGAUGGGACCUUCACUGGAACCGCAGUUGCCACCGGUCAGACCAUCGCAAAAUCGACAACAACCACCACAACUACAAGUCUAUGGUCAGAGACCUACGGAACCACUACUACAGAACCUGCUUCCUCCGGUGCAACCGAGAUGACGGUCCAUGUAGACACUCCCUGCUCUUGCACUUCAAGCGUGUCAAAAUUGACUAGCUCUUCAGCAACAGCCAGCCACUCAACUUCAGUAACCAAGGGUGAUGCUUCAGAGUCUUCAAGUUUCCUUACCAGCUUGACUUCUUUAUUGCUACCCAACUCAACGGCAGACUCAACUCUGCGAACCACCCCUACCAAAACAACAUCAACGUUAAUCAAUUGCUCUCACCAUAAUUGUUCGGAAACUUCAGAAUAUUUUUCAUCAAGCUCCUUGAGUAGUGAAUACGGAAGAAACGCCUCUACUUUGUCAACAUCAGCCCUCUGUGACUAUAUGCCGUGUUCAACGUCAAUCAGUUCGGUGAGCCUUCGGACCUCAUACGCCUCAAUCGAAACAACAUUCUUCUCUGAAAGGUUUAAUACUUCAAAAUCCUCUUCGGGGGAGGAAAGAUCUUUCAGUUCUACCUCGACCUCCGCAUCGGCCCUCAGCUUGGGUUUAGAAACAUCAUUCUUGCUAUCGGGCACUUCGUCAGCGAGAUCAGAGAGUAAGCUUAGCGAGACUGUGCUAUCAAGCGCUAUAAUCUCCCGAAGCACAAUAUUGACUUCAGAAAUCACGACCCCACUGUGUAGCACAUGUGAGCAAAAAGCCAGUGUUAAUUCUUCAACAUCUAAAUUUAAGUCAUUUGGUAUGAGCUCUGCUCUAGAUUCAGCUCCCAGUGCACCAUCGGAAACGGUGAACCCCACAACAAUUCAAACGCUUUCACUCACCUCCAGAAAGUCAGACAUAUCCUCCAGCUAUUUUGAGAUGAGCACUCUCGCCUCUGUGUCGAGAGUUGGUAUACCAACGUCGGACUUUAUACCUCCAAAUGAUAGUAGUUUGUCGUGGGAGGCAACAUCUGCUUCGCAGCCGGUAGCAUUCUCGGUCUGGGUGAAUUCGAUUGCCAAUUCCAAUAGUGGCGGCGAAACUUUUCAUUUCUCUCAAGGUGAAGCCCGAACCGAGAAUGGAAGUGUGCCACAUAGCUCAGUAACCCGACUUCCACACCUAGGGAACACUACAGCAAAACCUACCAUCUCAAAGAAGGGCAGUAUCAAAACUCAUGCGACCCCUGAGAAGACUACGAUUGCAACCCAUUCAAGAAUUUCAAACUACGCAGGGACUAUUGCAGCCUCGGAAUAUCCACUUCUACAUCCACCAAGGACAGGUUCUUCACUGUCAGGCUCCUCUAACUCAACAGAUGCCCAGAACUUAUCAUCCACCUCUUCUGCCACUUCCACACGAUAUAUGGUGACUUUUGAGGGAGCGGGCAAUCAGCGUCAUCUCCUGGAUGCGAUUUCCCUGCUGGCUAGCGUAAUCAUUUUCACAUCUUUCGGUUUUUGA